UGGGUUUGGGGCAGGCCUCUGGCUGCUCCCGGUGCAGGCCAUGGGCAGUCAGGCUCACUGCAGGGUUCCACAAUUCAAACUGGAGAUGCUGCUUCAACAAAUGUAUCUGCUGUGAUUAGAGUGGUGUCUGCAUCAGAGCACAGAAACUUAGUGCUGCAGAUUAUACCCUAAACACAGAGCAUUUAAUCUUUUUCCAUUGAUAAAUGAAUCAAAUUGAAAGGGUCACCUUACCUGGUCUGAGACACUGCAUCGUUUACUUCCAGGAUAAAGAAAAUGUUUCCUAAGUACUAUUGUAUGCAAAAACACAGUCAGUGUGUUUUUUAAGAAAUUAUUCUGAGUUCCAAUCUAAAAUUGACAGUGUAUAAAACAUUUGCUAUGUGCUUUUUCCAUGACACUCUAUUAAACAUUUCUUAUUUAGGGUUUCUUUAUGACUUUUGUUUUCUUGUAUCUCUAAAUAUGUUGCUCUGUUAUAUUCUAUACAUGAUUUCUACAAUCAUAACAUUAAAAUUUAACCAUGUUAAUAACUUCUCUUAUUUGUAUUUCUGUUAGUGAUUAUGGAGACAUGUAUUUUUAAUCCAAAGAUUUUUUGUACAAAGCCAUGUAUUUGAUAUCAGUUAACUAGAGGUGUAGACAAUCUUGCUGGGUAGCUAAUUAAUAUAGGAAGCAAACAAAAGUGAUAAUUUAAAUAACCUAAGGAAAGGAGGCACUAAUUAAAUCUAGAGAAAAAGGCUAAAUUGUGAUUUAAUGAAAAUUUGGUUAAUAGAAAUAUCUUUAUUAUCUUUUUAUUGGUUAUAGUGUUUUGGAAGCAUUUUUUUCAUUUUUGUGGAAAUCCUGAAUGUAUCAUCUUUGAAUUUUUUCUUACAGUUGUUUAAGUGCUUGCCUUUAACUUUGUCUUUUCCUUAAAUAUCCAAAUUACUAUGAAUCUGAAUAUAUGCUGUGGGAUUUUUGAAAUAUAUUUAACAGAGAGGUAGAAUUAUUGCUUUCAAUCUGUAACAAAUUCAGGCUUAAUAAAAUGGUCAAUCAAUAUGGGUAAAAUUGAAGCAAUGUAUUAUGCAUUGUUUACUUCAAAAUUAUCAUCUUUAAUGUUUAAUGUGUUUCUCAUUAGAUAUGUUUCUAUCUAAUUCUAAGUACAUUUAAAGAGGUUUAUCUUCACUGUAUGAAGUAGUUCCAAUCUCUGUAUCAUCAAGCAUAUUGCAGAAUUUACUGUGGGUUUGUUUAUUAUUGUAAUCUUGGUUUUUAAGAUGUUGUGAAUUUUUAAAUGUAGCUUUUGUUUAAUUACAUACUGAGAUAAAAAAAUCCUGAGUCACUGUUACACUGUAUCACAUCAGUUGUUACUAUGCCAGAUGAUGUGUGUCUUAAAACUCAAAACAAAUGUAAACUAUAUUAACAGUAGUAAUGAAGUGCCUCUAGCAUUUACAUUGUUGUGGAGUAUUUCUGUUUGUGUAAAAGUAUUCCCAAAAUUCUUGCUAAAAAAAGAAAUCAGAGUGGACAUGAAAAUAAAGUUUAGCUGUGGCAGUCAAACUGUAUCUUACCUACCGCCUGACCUCUGGUAAUGCCAUCUAGUCCCAUCAGAGGACUUUAUUCAUUUUUCUUUGGUUUAUAGGUGAGUAUGGAAAGUACCAAACCCUGCUUUUAGUUCAUGUCAUGUGCAUGGCAAGAGUAGCUGAGAAUUACAGCUGUGGAAGAGUUUUUCUAAGUGUCAGCUCAAAGGGGUGUUGACACUAAUGAGGUAUUAGGAAAGUUAAUGUUGAAAUCAAAGCAGCUGAUAUUUUUGUGUAUCUGUUUGCAUAUUUUAAGUAUCUUGUUGACCAGUAAUUGAGGUUCAUCCAGAGCAUAAGGUGAUGAAUUUUAAGUCCUGCAUAUUUUCUCUGUGAUUUAGUGGUUAGCCUAAGUCCCAGUCUUACUAUGAGCUCUCCACCAGAGCACUUCUCCAAACCACACCCUGAGAUGGCUGAUUAGCAUGGUGGUUAGUACAUCCCAGUACAUCCCCGUGUCCAGUUCUGCAACUGUUCACCUCUUGUAAUGAAAAAUAAAUCAGUUUUGCUUCUCACCCAAACAUACUGUUUUAUGAGCAGGUAACACUACCUUAAAUAGCCAUUGUCAACUCAUAGAUUAAUGCUGAUCUGCUUUUCUCCAGUGUUUAAUAAAUGCUGAGCAGAUUUGGAUAAGUCAGCAAGCAAAUCUCAAAAGUGACUGGAGUAAUGAGUAUGUGUUGAAUCAUCAUAUUGUUUGAUUUUGCUUUUAAUGAAGUUAUGCUAUUUUAGAGAAAAUUUAUGUUCCAUAGAAACCGGGAAAGAUUCUAAUUAAUUGAAUACAAUGGUCUUUGGAGCUGUAAAUGUGUCUUAUGCAGGUGCCAUAAACAUCAGGAAUUUUCUUGAUUUGCUUAGGCAUGAGUAUACCAAUAGCUGGAGUAAGCUUGAGUUCAGCCUUAGGGCCCCAGCUACCAGCCAUUUGUCCUGCUGCUCUUGAGCUGUGGUGGAUAUUCUGGCCAAACAUUAAAAAGACCCUAUUGAAUUUUAGGAAAUUAAAACCUUUAUUUAAAAAAAAAUAGCUGAAAUUAAUGCUUUGUUACCUCCUUUCAUGCCUUUCUCUACCCAGGGUAUUAUAGGAAUGUGUUGCUGCAGGCCCCAUUUUCAGGGCAGCCAGCAGCAGAAUUCCCCAUUUCUCCUGCUGGCUCCUUGCAGUGUUGCCCACACUGUGGCUGCUCUGCUGAGCUCUUUAUGUAACCUCCCACCCUGGGCAGAGCUGGCCAGGCUUUCAGGUGUCUCCUUCCAAUUCCCCCUGUUCUCAUGCACACACAGCAGCUUGCAGUGGAUGGCCCUCUCCAUCACUCCUAGAAAAACACACCUCCAUGGGAAUUCCGUAGAGUGCAAGCACGAGUUUUAUGUCAAAUGGAUUCAGUGUGGACAGGAUUAAGCAUGUAAAAACAAAACACUGCAUGGUUGUAGAAUGGCAAAAAGCAGCCAAGUAGGGCUUAACACUUAUUAUAGGGAGUCUGAAAGGUGCCUGUUAUUACUCUUGAUGUUUAGUUUUUGUGAUUCAGCUCUUCAGCUUGCUGUAAGAUUGUGAAAAAAGAAAAAAGACACUUGACCUUGACCUCAAGAUCACAGCUUGACCCCAGUGUUACUUCUUUUCUUGUUCUCAUAAUACUUUCCUUAUAUUUAAGGAAAGUUUUAACAGCCAAACCACCUGACCCCACAGCAGAAGGAGGCUUAGCCUAGUGAGUGCCACACAUAAUUUUUAUUCUUUUGAAGGGAAAAAAAUGCCUUCUGGUAGGCAGCCAGCAAGUGCAGGUGGAAUUUGCCUUCACUUGAUUAUAAUCAGCUUUGUCCCUUUGUUGAUGUCACCUCAGCUAUAUGUUGUUGCCACCUUCUUAUCCAACCACUUUCUGUCAUAAAGCUCAGCAGGGAAAAUAAACUGAGGCCAAAACAACAUAUGGAAGUGUCUUGGCAAGGUUUGGCUGUUCAUUUGAAGUGUUUUUCUUUUUUCUGUGGGUAGGAGAUGAAGUCAGAGCCAUGUUGUUUCAUGUAGAAGGAUCAUUAUUUUUAGACCAGUGGCAGUUCUUAGCCUCUGCGUGUAAUCUGCUCAGACAGAGCCACGCAAGGCAGCAGGGCUUGCAUGAACUGUCUGUGGGGCUCAGUCACUGAUGUUGAAUAUAACUUGAGCUUUGGAGGUGUGAAUGCUCAAAGCAUGGGUUGUGUGAUUCAUCUAUAUCAAGAUCUUUUAGGCAUGGCAGAUUUGUGAUAAAAGCUUUUCAUAAAACCAGUUGAUAGUCUGCUGGUGUUUGAUAUCGACCAGGGGAGAUCCAGGCCUGUCCUGCUGACUGUGGCCAAAGUGCUUCGAGUUGGAGGGAGUGCAUGUAUUAUUGCAGCCAUGAGUCCCUGCAUGUUCCCAGCAGCCAGGGACAGUGCAUGUAGAGGGAAUCUUGGCAUAUUUAAAGGUUAUCAGGGCCCAUUCUGAAAAACACCAGCUGAACCACGUGCACUUGGUACUGCCAGUGGGAAGGUUUGCCUAGGGUGUCAUCCCUCAGCUAUACAUAGCAAACUCAAAGCUUCUUACAGAGAAACCUCUUACCAGUCACUUUCCACAAAUGGUGCCUAUACCUAAAGGUACUUAGUGAAAAUCCUUGAGAGGUAUUUAAUGCAAAAGCAGUUAGUUUCCCUGGUGUUUUUCAGAAGCCCUCACACACCACUAUCAGGGAGAAGUGCAGUGCAGCUACAGCACAGCUCCUGGGCCAGUUACUCAUUUUGUCUGAACCAGGCUCUGCCACCCCAAGGGCUUGCCAAGAUGUGUGACAUGGGGGGGCUCGACAACCUGAUUGCCAACACUGCCUACCUCCAGGCAAGGAAGAGUGGAGAAGGAGACACCAAGGAAAUGCAAAAGAGGCGUAAGAGCCUCUCGCUGCCCAAGAUUGAGGACUGCAAAGAGCACAGAGAGUCUGUUGCUGGUGAUUAUGACAGUAUCUGUGAGCAGCAGCCCAUUGGCAAGAAAUUCUUCAGAGACUUCUUAGAGACAGUGCCAGAAUAUUUGGUAGCUAGAGACUUCCUGGAUGAGGUGUCAAGCUGGGAGUUGGCAGAGGACAAUAUCAAGAGCAGUUGCAUGGAGAUUAUGGUCACCAAUUAUCUUAAGGAAGGCGGCAGAAACUAUCUGUCUUUCAUGAGCUCUGACUUGGUCAGCAAAUGCAAAGCAGCUACUGUAAAAGACUACGAGAACAUCGUGCAACUGGCCAAGGAGGAAACCAAAGUCUUCUUUAAAGAUAAGCCUUUCCAGGACUUCCAGAACAGCCCCUUCUAUGACAAAUUCAUCCAAUGGAAAGUGUUUGAGAAGCAACCAGUAACUGAUAAAUACUUCUCUGAGUUCCGAGUGCUGGGCAAAGGUGGCUUUGGAGAGGUUUGUGCCAUCCAGGUCAAAAAUACUGGCAAGAUGUAUGCCUGCAAGAAACUGGAUAAGAAAAGGUUGAAAAAGAAAAGUGGAGAGAAGAUGGCGCUGCUGGAGAAAGAGAUCCUGGAGAAGGUCAACAGCCCUUUCAUAGUCACACUAGCUUAUGCCUAUGAGACCAAAACCCAUCUGUGUCUUGUUAUGAGCCUCAUGAAUGGAGGGGAUCUGAAGUAUCACAUCUACAAUGUGGGAGAAAGGGGUUUGGAAAUGAAAAGGAUCAUCUUUUACUCAGCUCAGAUCACCUGUGGGAUUCUGCAUCUCCAUUCCAUCAAAAUUGUGUACCGGGAUAUGAAACCAGAGAAUGUCCUCCUGGAUGAUAAUGGGAAUUGCAGACUGUCUGAUCUUGGAUUGGCAGUGCAAGUCAAAGAGGGAAAGAGCAUCACCCAGAGGGCUGGGACAAAUGGCUACAUGGCUCCUGAGAUCCUGAAGGAAGAGGACUACAGCUAUCCUGUGGACUGGUUUGCUAUGGGCUGCACUAUUUAUGAGAUGGUUGCUGGGAGAACACCAUUCAAGGAUUUCAAAGAGAAGGUCAAUAAGGAUGAGGUUAGAAGAAGAACUCUGGAAGAUGAGGUGAAAUUUGAACAUGCUGGCUUUACAGAGGAAGCAAAAGAUAUUUGCAAGCUGUUUUUGGCUAAGAAAAAAGAGGAACGUUUGGGAAGCAGGAAUGAAGACGAUGAUCCAAGAAAACACAGCUUCUUCAAAACGAUAAAUUUCCACAGGUUAGAGGCAAACCUUGUUGACCCUCCAUUUGUGCCAGAUCCAUCAGUUGUCUAUGCCAAAGAUGUUGCAGACAUUGCUGACUUCUCUGAAAUACGAGGAAUUGAGUUUGAUGACAAAGACAAGAAGUUCUUCAAAAAGUUUGCGACAGGUGCUGUCCCUAUACCCUGGCAGGAGGAAAUCAUCGAGACGGGACUGUUUGACGAACUGAACGACCCCAACAGAGUCGUUUCUGGAGGUUACGCAAAUGGAGGGGAAGCUAAGUCAGGAGUUUGUUUGUUGUUGUAAUUAUAUCAUUACCAAAAAGAGUAGAAACCACCUCAGAACUUUCCAUGUUCUGACUCUGUUUCAGAAACUCAGUACACCUGUUUGAGAAGAGCCAGCCAGUGUAAUGUGACAUUGACAGGCUGUGUAGGACCACCAGCUGAAUAGACUGUAUUAUUUUCCUUUGCUCUAAGAAAGGAGAUAUUUUUGUGUUAUUGGAUAUGAAUCAAAUGAAGACCCAUAUUUCUCCAAGAAGCUUAGAAUAGAAAUUCUGAAAUACAAAAAAAGCAUUGUUAGAGUGAAGAGGCAAAGCUUUUGCAAAUGACUGUUAUUGCUUUCAAUACAAUGAAUCAUUGGUUUUCUUUCUUUUUUUCUUGUUAUUUCUACUAACAUUUCCUCUUUAUUCCACAGUUUUCAGGAAGGAUUUUUAAAUUUUCAGGUAAUCUUGGACAGUGGAGCUCAUAUACCCUGUCAAACUUGGAAUCUUACUGGCUACCCAGUCUUUCUGUUAAAUUCUGUAGGUUUUUGGUUUAUUGUAAUAUGUUCAAAUUGUCAUAAGAUAUAAAGAAAGCUCUACAUAUCACUUGGAAAUAAGAACAACAGGAUCAAACUCUUUUCAAAAGUGAUUUUAAUGGGGUGAAGAUAAGAUUGCACCAAUGUAAUGGAAUAAAGCAUUUAUUUAUUAUUAUUAUUAAGUGUAUUCUUAUAAGUGAUAAUACUGUAUACAAAGAAAACAUAUUUACAAGUAAAUACGCAUUCCUUUUGGCAAUUUUAAAGUUUUAUCAGAUUUCCUGAUAAUUUUUCUGUAUUUUGGUGAUAAAUUAAGCUACAGAUAGACCAAAGCAAUUUGUAAUUGAUUUUUACAAUACAUUUAUUUCAGUGUAAUGUAGAUUUUAAUUCAAGUUGCAAAAUGCAUUAUACUGUUGAGUGGUGUAAUGGUGAAAAAGUUAUGUAUGCAAGUUGAAACUAUCUUCAAAUGUUUAUUGAUUCUAAUGCAAAUUUUGAAGUGUUUUUAUUUUUCAAUUUUAUGACAACCUAAAUUGAAUUACUUGGGAAUAUUGCUAUGAAUACUUGCUACUGGUGAAAUGUAUUACUCAUGAGAUGCCUCCUGCUGAUUUUCUGUGAUAAGAAAAUAGGCAGUUGUUCUUUGCACAACUUUAAAAACCGAGCCUGCACAUGCUGGUCACUGUCAUCUCUCCAGCCAUAAUUUCCAUUGACUAAAGUGGAAGUGGAAGCUGCUUCAUUCCUUGGAGACCUGGAGGCUGCAAAUGCCCCAUUUUCUGUUUUUCAUACAGCAAACUUCCUACUGAACUCAAGGACUUCUUUUGGCUAGACACUGGUAUGAACUCACAUGUCUGUUUCAGAGGAGGAAAACCUGUAUAUACAAUGUCUUCUGUACUCCGGUCUGUCAUGUGGAGCACUGGUAUUGGUAUUUAUUUAUAUCCUAAUAGCACAUCCCAAACUCUUAAGUUUUAAAUACUGUAAGUAUUUUAGUCACAGCUAAGUAAUACAUUGGUAAUACUUUGUGUUGUUCUGAGUAGAAAAAUAAUUGCUCUUUUUUCCUUUUGAAUUUACUUUUCCGGUGCUUUAUAUACUUAAUAUUGAAGUGAAAAAUCAAGAACAGUUUUACUUAGGAUUAGUGGGUAAUUCUGUUCAUGAAUUAUGAGCAUAAAAUUGUCUGCCUUUUGAAUGGAGACUUUGACUCUGACAAAUAAUUUAAAACAAUAUAAGCUGAAUUCGGUUUUUUUAAUUGAGAAGGAUGAUCCUGAAAGAUGGUGAAAAGCAGAGGAGGUUGAGAGAAGAGUGAUGUCAUCCUGGCAUGGAUUUACAAGAGUGCUUCCACUAUUGACGUCCAUUGAUUUUAUUUCUCAUUGCUCCCACCUGUAGAAAGCUCUUACAGUGGUAGUAAAUAUACUAGAGUAGUAUAUUUAAGAAGCCAAGACAGAAAACUUUGUUAUUACAUGCAUUUUAAAAAGCCCACAAAACACAAAGUGACACAAAAAACCCACAACCACCACCUGAUUACAGCUAGGAGAGAUGUUAGUGCUAGUGGCAUCAAACCUUUCUCCUGAAUUGAUAUACCUCAAAUCCAAUGAAAAAGCUGUUUCAAAAA